AUGGCUGCAAUGGCCAACUCCUCUCAGAUUGACCCAUCGAAACCUGCCAAAUACCCUAUCACUAUCAGCGAACAGUUGUUGCGAGAAGAUGGACCACGCAAACGGCGGAAGGUCAAUAUUCAGCUCAACCACAGGCCAAAGCUCUCCACUUCGUCCACCAAAUCCAUCAUCACUCCAUCCUCGCAAGGCCGCGACAAUGGCUACAAUCUCUCUCUCACGGACGAAGUAAAUGGAGACGUCUAUCUCUAUAACGGCGCCCAGCAACCCUCAGAAGCAGUCGCCUUGAUCUACGACCCGAAUACUCAAACCUUUACCCUCGACAAAAUAGACACUUCGUUCCGCUUCAAUCUUCGCAGCACCCCUUCAAACAAAGACAUCGCCAGCUUAGCCAGCCAAUACCCACAGCUUGAAACCGGUCUCCCCGCCCCGGAAAAUGUCGAAGAUGACCUCUUUGACGAAGGCUCAGCGAAUGACCAUGAAGAUCUGACUCGCGAGGCUGAUCCGCAUAAUCCCUACGACUACCGUCAUUUCCUCAAACCUGCUCAACAGCGUCUCUCGCCAACGCCUGAACCGUCUCCCAUGCCUAAUCACAACUCCAACUCCUCCCCAAUCCUCACCGGCCAUCCCCCGCGCCCUUCGAAGCCUAAGCACCGGUCUAAACCUCCGAGAUCUCGACAUCUCUCGCCUAACCCUCGGGAAGAAGCGGAUGCCGACAAUGAAGACAGCGAAAACGAUGAUCCAUUGGAAAUCAUCGAUGAUUCGAAACCGAAGAACGAAAGGCCAUCGCGGCGUUUCCUUGCCGGCCUGAACGAAGGAUUCCGCGGCGGCAGCGAACCGAGGAGUCUGAGAUCUGUGGCUAGCUCUAUGAGUCCAUCCAUUCAAGGCGACACCUCUGACGAGGAGAAUGGAGAUAGAAAGAGCAACGCAGAUGUCGAAGAGAUAGAUCUUGGGGAAGGAACUUUAGAAUUCGAGAGCCAUGGUGCUGCAGAGCAAGAGGUAGAGACGCCAGGAAACGGGUGGGACGAUGAGGAUGAAGUAGACCUGUUGGAGCAAGAGCUGGAGCAGGAGCUAGAACGGCAGGCUGAUCAGGACGCCGGUAACCGGAGGGUGAAUGGUGCGAAUGGCGUGAAUGGCGUGAACGGCACAUAUACCAAUAGAGUGGUGGAAGAGAGCUCUGAGGAGAGCGAGGAGGAGUGA